AGUAUCCGAAUAUAGCAGAAAACAUAACGAAAAAAAAAAAGAAAAAAAUUGAAAAAGCAAAGAGAAAAAGUCAACACACACAGGCAAAGUUCUGUUGGUUAGAAGAGGACGUCGAAUUGUGUGCUGUUUUAUCCUCGCAUCGGGCUCGUGUGUAUGUGCGCUGAUAACGGUAACAAGUGGCAAUAAUCGAGAAUAAAUUAAUACAAAGAAGGGCUUGGCCAGGCGGAAAAGGGAAAAGUAAAUAUCCGGAAAAGUGAAACAAGUACAGAGCCAGCCAGCCAGUCAAGUGUACAAGCUUGUGGCAUAUCGAGUUCUGCCACUUCGAAAGCGAGUAGCAGUGCCAGUGCCAGUGAAAGUGUGUUAGUGCGCGAGUUUCCUGAGAAGCCACAACGUCGUCCUCCAAACCAACGACGUCGUCUGCUGCCGCCGCCGCCGCCGCCGCUGCACGCCAGAGCCCACCGACAGGAGCAGGAGCGGGAGCAGCUGCAGGGAACAAUCAACGCAGCGGCGGACGCAGCGGCCAGCGACGUCGCAGUAGCAGCAGUAAUCCCCACGCCGGCACAACGAAAGCGACCAGCGGCAGCGGUGGAGCUGGCAGCGCCGGCGGAGGCGGUGGCGGCGUCAAGCAGAGCGUCAGUCGCAACAGCAACAUCCGGAGCAGCAGCUCCAAUAGCACCAUGGCCUCAGCCAACCAUCGGAGCGGGCGCGCUGGCGGGGCCGUGGCCGGCGCUGGGGACGGCAACGCCAUCGUGGGCCUGCAGAUCGGCUCAGCGUGGUUUCAGCGCAAAAUCAAUCUAAGGCCACAGCACCGCGGCGUCCAUCUGGUAACCGAGGAGAUACUCAGACAGAUGCCGGAGCUGGCUCACUUCUCCGUGGGACUAUGUCAUAUGCAGAUUCUUCACACCUCGGCGAGCUUGGCGUUAAACGAAAGCUGGGAUCCAGACGUCAGAGACGAUAUGGAGAUGAUGUUGAACAAAAUAGUUCCCGAAGGCUUGCCCUACAGACACUCGUGCGAGGGACCCGACGACAUGCCCGCACACGUGAAGGCCUGCUUUCUGGGCAGCUCACUGACAAUCCCCAUUACGGACGGCAAGCUGUCGCUGGGCACGUGGCAGGGCGUCUGGCUGUGCGAGCAUCGGGACCAGGCCGGCUCCCGCAAGCUGGUGAUCACGCUGACUGGCUGCCCGCGCGAGCAGGCCCGCAGCCCGCUGUCACCCGUCUCGCCCAUCGCCAGCACGUCCAGUUAGGGGCGGCCUCGCUCCACCCGCGACAGCCGGUAAUCGCGGGGGAGCGACAAUAAUGACAUCAUUUCGUCGAGGAGGUUGAUACUACAAAAGAAUUUAGCUAAGGCAACGGCACAGCAGAGGGCAGCGGCUGUCAUAGCCGCCGGCCGUGGAUUGGGAGGAGGAGCGGGCGCACCACCAAAUGUGCCUGGCAUCGAGACAAAGACGAGCCGCCUGCUGCUGCGGCAGCAGCUCCACCUCAAUCUCAAUUUGAAUGUGCAAGAGACGUUGCAGGAUGGCGUUGAUAUUGAUGAUGUUGAUGAGGAUGUCUGCGAUGACGAUGAGGCUGAAGCUGAGUACCAACUCAAUGAGGAGGAGGAGGAGGAACAGCUUAGCUCAGCUCUCUUAGUCGUCGCCGAUAAUGGUCAGAGCAGUAGUGGGCGUUGCCAUCGGGCUGGUGAUAAUCUACGAACCGUCACAACAGUGCCUCAACUUAACGAACAACCUACAACUAAGAUCACCGCAACCAGAACAUCAUCGGCAGCAUCCAGUUCAUCGGCAGCCGCAGCAUCAACAGCAUUAGCUAAAUUCAAUCGCAUCAUUGACUCUACGCUGGAGAGGCCCCAAAUGGCGGCAGUGCCAACGUUGCCACAGCUGAGCAGUGCAACGCUGCAGCAGCGCUUCAAUUUGGCCUAUCCAGAGUUGAUUCCCCAACAGCAGCAACAGCAUGAUGCGAUCAGGACGAUCAACAGCCUCAAGGGGACACCAAGAGUAGAUCGUGGCUCAGGCGCCGUUGCCAGCACUCCAUUAACAUUUGCAGCACACAAAUCGAUAGCAACGGCGCAGGAGGAAGAACAGGAAGUAGCAGCAGAAUCAGCUGCGGAAUCAGGAGAGGAAGAUAACGAAGCGGUCGCCCUUCACGACGAUGAUCAUCCCCACCACGACGAGGAUAAUCAAAUGAAACGAAAUGAUGUGCAUUAUUUGUUGAAACAGUUAAAUAGUUUUAGUGAUAUAGAAGAAAUAGAAAUUGUUGAUAUGAAGCAAAGAAAACAGCGUCCGCCUCCGCGUCCACGUCCACCCAUGGCGUCGAGCUCGCUGAUAAUGAUGCCUGCGUCGCCGCCAUCACCAUCCACGCAGUCCCACAAGCAGGGACAGCGUUUUGCCUCUGGCGGUCAUAACUCCAGUACCGCCAGCUCGGUGCGGCUGCAGCAGUUCGACGAUUAUCUGUUCGAGUCCUGCCACUAUCUGGAGACAAACUACUUUGCCGCUACCUAUCGCACUGCCAUGGUCGAGAGCAGCUCGCACGAGUUUCGGCCCUCGACCAACAGCAGCUCAAACAGCUUUGAGCUGCACGAGAUGGAGCCACCCAGUGUCAUCUGCAAGGCGGGUGCGCCCCUGGCCACGACUCCGCCGCCCCAGUACCAAUACCAGUACCAGGCGGAGUCGCGGCUGACCACCAGUGGCGUGCAGACCGAGCUGACCGUGGAGUCGCUGGCCAAGCUCAGCAACAGCGCCAGCAGCUCGUCCAGCACGCGGGCGCCCCCCUUCUUCAGGUGCUGCUACACGCCCAUCGAUCGCUGGCGGGAGCGUCGACUGGUGGCGCGCCAGCAGAAGACCUCCGCACCCUCGAAAAACGGGCAGGCGAGCCAGAGCCAUCCAGUCUGACACUGGGACACAGGCUCUAGUUCAGAGAUUGAGAUUCAACAUGUGCCUGGCUAAUUUAUUUUGGUCGCUGUUCUCAUUUGCGAUAUCAACAAGAGAUUCCAUUUCGAACGACAGUCGUUACACGAGCACCCCAAACCCAAUGACAGUCCCAAAUCCAAUUAUUCGCUGGAACGUCAUUCCGCUAAACGUAAACAAUUAUAGUAACAAUUUUUUAUACGCCAGCAGCCAGCAGACACGAGCCACACACAGAUAGACAUAAACAUAUGCACAUUUUUGCAACACACGGGAGAAUGCAUAAAAAUCCAAAUAAAGGUUUGUUCACAUGAAUGAAAUGUUUAACAGAAAAUUCAAAAAUUAAGAAAAUUAUUACUAAAUGUUACAUGUGAAAACUGUUCAAUCGCUUCCCCAAACUUCAGCAAAUGCUUCGAAGGAUUUUGUAAGUUCUCUGUCAGAGAUUUCUUUCAAGUGAACGCAACUUGGGCCGAUUUGGGAAUGUUUCAGUACACAGAUUACAGAUUAUUGUUACAAGAAUUAAGCAAAGCGUAGACGAGAGAGCUUGUAUAGUAAAAUGAUAACUAAAGAAAUUGUGAAUAAUGUUAAUUAAAGCAGAAGGAACGCGCACGCUGUACAUUUAUUUGUGUUUAAACCUGUCUUGUCCGUUUGUCUGUCUAUUUUACUCGUAGAGUUAUAAACCCCUGGCGUGCGCGUCAUAAUUGUUGAUACAUAAACCAAACAAAAGCAAUUGUUACAUCAAUUAGACACAAUUUUAUUGAUUUACACUCUAAGCAACCGACCGAAAAUCGUUCUGUUUAUGUUUGAACUAGACCUUCGUUUUGGACUCGUAAGCUUAUAAGGAAUUGUUGUUAACACAAGAGCACAAGAGAAGUAAACCACAAAAUGUACGACUAGACACAAAGGAUCGCUUAACACUUAACUCGUUUAACCAAGAGCAAUAUUAGUUUUUAAACCAGUUUGAAAAAUGUCAAUUUAUGUUUGGAGCACGAGUGAAUCGAAAUAUAUCAUGCGCCUCAGAUCACACGAUUUAGUUCAAUAAAUAAAUACAACACAUA